ACCCUUUGCUUUCUGCAUUGAAGCCUGCUGUCCGUCGCUCUAAGCGGUGAGCGGUUAGUUGCAUUUCAUUCGCUUUUUAUAUCGUUGCUUGUUGAUCUCUAUUUAGGCACAACUAAUUCGAGUUGGCUGCCAAAUAAUAAUUAUAAGCCUCAACUUAAAUAAUUAGUGCAAGCAAGUGACUGUGCAGGGAUUUUCGCCUGUUUGCGAAACUGCAUACAGUUGUGAAUUAUACAAAAUCGUGCAGCAAAACCAGCUAUACGCUAUCUCACUCAAACGAUCGCUUGUGCGCGCAGAUUUGUAUUGUAGUUCGGCUGGGUAAACCUUUUUGUGCGCUACACUUAUACUGUUUGAUGAAAGUACAAGUGCAAGUAUGGCUAGACGACAUUAGUAAAUCAAGUGGCGGUUGGAAACCGCCAAAGGAUUUAAAAUAAAACGAAAGAAUUUCAGUGCUCGACUCAAUAGAUUAUGCUCUGAAUUGGAUCCCAAACGACUUCGCGAUGCUAAUGUGAAUAAUGCCAAUUAUAACUGCUGGAUGUGAAUCAUGCCAACAUUGACGAGGAUUUUCAGCCAAGGCACACAUCGCUCAGAUUCUGGGCUUAAGAAAUGUGGUUAAAGGUGCUACGAUAGAACGAUGUGUAUUUUCGGAUAAGGAAAGCUUCCUCUAUGUAUCUACGUGCGCUUAAACCGAUGGGCAGAUCGCCGUUCGACGUUAUUGGAUUUUAUAAGCUUGAAAAAACUUAACACGCUACGGCAAUCUACUCGCCUAGCUCCCAGUUACAGACGUCAUUAUCAUACGAACUCUCACAGUAAAGGGGAAAAUUGCAAAAACCUGUGGCUGCUGACCAACAAAAAUGAUUGUGGAUUUUAUUGCUGGUCUCUUUGGAGGUGCUGCAGGAGUACUUGUCGGCCACCCUUUCGAUACAGUUAAAGUUCAUUUGCAAACUGAUGACCCUAAGAAUCCAAAAUAUAAAGGAACAAUUCACUGUUUAAAAACAAUAUUAUUGUUAGAUAAUAUUCGUGGCUUGUAUCGGGGAAUCAGCAGUCCAAUGAUGGGAAUCGGUUUAGUAAACGCAGUAGUGUUUGGAGUUUAUGGAAACGUACAGAGAUUAUCUGAUAACCCAAAUUCUUUAAUGUCACACUUUUGGGCUGGAGCCACUGCUGGUAUAGCACAGGGCUUUAUAUGUUCCCCCAUGGAGUUAGCGAAAACACGAUUGCAAUUGUCGAAACAGAUCGACAGCCAGCAUAAAUUUAAAGGACCUAUUGAUUGUUUGCUUUACAUACAUCGAACAGAAGGUUUCAAAGGCACGUUUAAAGGACUUACAGCAACAAUACUUAGGGAUAUUCCAGGUUUUGCCAGCUACUUCGUUUCAUACGAAUAUUUAAUGCAGCUUAAAGAUAAACCCAAUGUACCCUAUAUUCUUAUGGCAGGAGGCUGUGCAGGAAUAUCAUCAUGGUUAGCCUGCUACCCCAUCGAUGUCGUCAAAACACAUUUGCAAGCAGAUGCCCUUGGAAAACAUGCUCUAUAUAAUGGGUUCGUUGACUGUGCAGUAAAAAAUUAUGAAAGGGAGGGCAUAACGUUUUUUUUUCGCGGACUGAAUUCGACAUUAUUACGAGCGUUUCCAAUGAAUGCAGCAUGCUUUUUUGUGGUUGCAUGGAUAUUAGAUUUUUGUAAGAAAAAUGGAAUCGAUAUGAUUAGACAUUCAAAACAAUCUCUAAAUAUUGUUAAUUUGGAAAACUGGAGUCAAGCCUCUGUUCAAAACGAACUAGGCACGGAUGAUGAACUAGUCCGAAAAAUAAUUUCGGAGAAUGAAUUAGAGCUUCGUGAAUCCACACAUGAAACCGUUAAUAGGAAACUUUUAGAUUAUUAUCCAAGUGACCAAGUAUACGAAAGUAACAUGCAAAGCGCGCAAUUAAAAGUUAAAAAUAGUUCAGAUCAAUCAUAAUUUUAAUUUAUUAUAA